AUGAGGCCUCGUUCACUCUUCGCCUUCAGAAGGCCACACCCAGGCCGGGACUCGAACUUGCCGUCUUCCUCUUGGUCCUCCUCCAACUUGGGCCACAGCUCCAUCGUCAACCGACUCGGUCGCUUGGCUUCCAGCCCCAGUUGCUCGCUUGGUCGGGGUCAAGCUGAGGCCAGACGGUACGUCUACGAAGAGGCCAGCAACUACGCGUCGUCCUCCCUCACGCGCUGCCGUCUCGUCCACGCCCUGUUCUUCUGCCCAGCAGACACCUGCUGCCAGUCGUCGGCUCUUUAA